AUGCUGUCAAGUGAACAUGCUGUUUGUGUACACUUUAAAAACAAUAAUACCAAUUCAGUUGCAAUAGACAUUCUGGACAUUGUGAUAAACUGCUAUCUAGUCCAUUUUAUUGCCAUCCUCGGUGCAUUCGGAAACAGCAUCACAUUAAUUGUUCUUUAUCGAGAAGGCUUUAAAGACACUAGUAACAUUGUGUUGAUUUCGUUGGCCGGUGUUGAUCUCUGUUAUUUAAUUACGCUUUCAGUGCGAAAACUGAGUUGUGUAAUAUAUGCAUUUGAUUAUUAUUCUGGACACAUUUACCAGUUGUAUACAUAUACCUAUGUGUAUGUAAUCGGUAGAUUGAUAAUGUUUAUUAGUAUUAGCCAUAUCGCAUUCAUAUCCGUGGAACGACUCCUUGCUGUUUACUGUCCGUUAAAAGUGUCUACAUGGUUUACAAACAGAAACACAACUGCUAUUGUAAUGUGUAUUUACUUAUCGUGGAUUAUUAUAAUGCAACCCUGGUUGGGUUUUUACCGCAGGAUUGAAUGGAGCUUCGAUACCAAGUAUAACCAUUCGUGCCCAUCUAUUGUGUUUACAGACUGGUUCACAUCGAAUAUGUCAGCAUUAUCAAUAGUCGGAUAUAUUGUUCUCAACUCAAGUCCCUGCAUCUUUUGCUGUAUUAUUACAGCUAACUGUUGUGCUUUGCUGUAUAAACUGCGUCUUGUUGCCGAGCAACGUUCAGCCAUGACUUCAAUGAAUGCAAAGAAGAGUGAUGUCAGUGUGAAAGUGUCUCGCAUGUUGCUUACCGUUUGUGCGGUUUAUUGUCUGUGCAAUGUUCCUUCGUGUGUCUUUUACGUUUUUCACCAAAUAUUUCUUAUGUCUGCUUUGUACCAGCAGCUAUCCUCUGCACUGCGAGACUUUGAGGAAGUGCUAAUAGCGGUCAACUGUACGGCCGAUUUUGUCAUCUACACUCUACUGUCAGCUAAAUUCUAUAAUUCUGUUCGUAAACUUUUCGUGUGUACUAGAAGCGAAACGCCCCAAGGACUAAGAAAAAAAAAAAAAAAAAAAGAGUGUUCGGUAGGUGGGGACUAG